AUGUCGAACUGCGCCUGUUUUAAGAAGCUGCCGCGGAUCCUGAGCUUCAACACCAUGCGCUACACCUUCAACAUGGUGACCAUGAUGAAGGAGAAGGUGAACACGCACUUCUCCUUCCCGCUACGGCUCGACAUGACGCCCUACACGGAGGACUUUCUAAUGGCGAAGGGCGACAGGAAGGAGGGUUUCGGUGAUGACGGCGAGGGGAAGGCGGUGGAGAGUUACGAGUACGAUCUCAUCGGCGUGACGGUGCACACGGGUACGGCGGACGGCGGGCAUUACUACAGCUUCAUUCGGGACAUCGUCAACCCGCACGCCUACCGCAACAACAAGUGGUACUUGUUUAAUGAUGCCGAGGUGAAACCCUUCGAUUCGGCUCAGCUGGCGUCCGAGUGUUUUGGAGGGGAGAUGACGACGAAGACGUACGACUCGGUUACAGACAAGUUCAUGGAUUUUUCCUUUGAAAAGACUCACAGCGCCUACAUGUUGUUCUAUAAGCGAGUCGAGCCGGAGGAGGAGAACGGGAAGGACUUCAGCUUUAACGUCUCUCCUGACCUGCUGGAGUGGAUCUGGCACGACAACAUGCAGUUCCUCCAGGACAAGAACAUCUUUGAGCACACCUACUUUGGGUUUAUGUGGCAGCUGUGCAGCAGCAUCCCCAGCACUUUACCGGACCCCAAAGCUGUCUCGCUCAUGACUGCCAAGCUCAGCACGUCCUUCGUCCUAGAGACGUUCAUUCACUCAAAAGAGAAGCCCACGAUGCUGCAGUGGAUCGAGCUUCUGACCAAACAGUUCAACAACAACCAGGCAGCGUGUGAGUGGUUUUUGGAUCAGAUGGCGGACGACAAUUGGUGGCCGAUGCGGAUUUUGAUCAAGUGCCCCAAUCAGAUCGUCAGACAGAUGUUCCAGAGGUUGUGUAUCCAUGUGAUUCAGAGACUGAGGCCGGUGCAUGCCCACCUUUACCUGCAGCCAGGAAUGGAGGACGGGUCUGACGACAUGGACGCUCCUGUGGAGGACAUCGGCAGCCGCUCGUGUGUGACGCGCUUCGUCAAAACCCUGCUGUCCAUCAUGGAGCACGGAAUAAAGCCCCACAGCAAACACCUGACCGAGUACUUCGCCUUCCUGUACGAGUUCGCCAAGAUGGGCGAGCAAGAGAGCCAGUUCCUGCUGUCCCUCCAGGCCAUUUCCAUCAUGGUGCACUUCUAAGUGCAGCUGCUUCAUUCCUGCUUCUUCUACUCAGGCCGCAGGUGGAGGUGCUGUCUGAGGAGGAGGGAGAAGAGGAGGAUGAAGAGGAGGACAUCCUGUCUCUGGCGGAGGAAAAGUACCGGCCUGCUG